AUGAGGCAAGUCUGUGUAUUGGGAUGUGGCGCACUGGGUACAGUGCUCUCGAAUCUGGUUGUUAGUAAUUUACCCAAGCUUUCAGGCUACAAUCCAAAGGUGAUGUGGUAUGUUCGUGACGAGGAACAUUUGCAGAAACGUCUCGUCGAUGUGAUUAAUACUCACAGAGAAAAUAAGAAGUAUCUCCCGGGUGUCAAGAUUUCUGACAACGUCUUAGCAUCUGAUGAUGCUGCAAGAGUGGCAGCUGCUGCAGAUGUGAUUCUUUUCGCCUAUGCCACCCGCCAUGUCACUGAAAUUCUGGAAACAGUGAAGGGACAUCUAAAGAAAGAUGUUCUGUUUAUUUCCUUUUCUAAAGGUCUGGUGGCACCCGAAGGAAAGCCCCAGAUGAGCCAGGCCGACAUAUGGUUGGUGAGCGAGGAGAUUCGCCGCGUGACUGGUGUGGAGGCGGUUGUUGUCAGUGGUGCUAUGACGGCUCGAGGACUUGCCAAGGGCGAGUUCACCGAGGUCACUGUCGGUGCGAUAAGCGAACAGUCUGCCGAAGAGACGGAGAAUCUUCUCCUCACAUGGACGGCUGAUGUGGCGACAGUGGAGAUUUGCGGUGCGCUGAAGAAUAUUCUCUCGGUGGCGGCGGGCAUUGUGGACGGUCUAAAACUGGGCGCCAACACUAAAUCGGCCAUCAUUCGUCUGGGGCUCUAUGAGAUGGGUCAGUACUGCCACUACAUGUAUGGCAAAUACGAUACGCGUCAAUCCACUCUUCUUGAAAGUUGUGGUGUGUCGGAGCUCUUCAAAUGUAUGCUUCGUCAAAGUGACCUAAUGCCCGAGGUGGGUGACGAUUGGGACAUCUUCAACAUCCUCAUCGGUCGAAUGCUCUCCGAGCCGGAGUACUCGAAAUUGACAGUGGAACAGAUUGAACAGUCUCUCCAUCCUGAUUUUGUGGCCUCUGGACCCGAUACAGCAAAGAAGAUCUACACGCAGCUCUCAUCGAUGCACCUCUGCGAGCGGUAUCCACUCUUCACGGCUGUCCAUCUGAUUUGCAUCCGCUCCCUUUCCUCAAAUAUGCUUAUCCCGAUGUUGAGCCAUCAUCCUGCACACAUGUAA